UUAGCUGCAGUUUGCAGGUUCGCACAUCGACCCAGCUAUUAGAGUAAGUGACAUGAAAACUAUUUUAAGUUAGUUUACCUGUAAUAACACAACCGUAUCCGUUGUAAAACGGCAGGAAUAAGCUCUUAACAGCUACAAGUUGAAAAUGGAGCCUCUGGAUCCUGCCAAGAAUGAAGAAAGCAGUGGAUUCUCCAGGCGGCGCAUUUCUUCGAUUUUAAAAGCACCACGGAAAUCAAUCAGAUUCCCUGACCCAGAGCAACAGGAAAAUGUGGUGGAGUGUGCCAAACCAGUGGAAAAGAGGAAUUCAAGAAGAGUCAGUUUUGCCCCUGCCAAUGAUGUCCUCCUGUUUUCAAAGGAUAUAAAAAAUGCCUCUCCUGCCCGAAGUCCUUUACAAGAGUUAAUAACAACAACAACGGAAGCUACACAAAAUAGGGUCCGGGUAGCGAUCACUGAAGAUGGGAUUCAACAAAUUACGGGAAUGGAAACCCUACUGAAUGCUCCUCUACAUGCUUCUCAACAAAGGGAUAAGGUCAACUUUGAUACUGGGGCUGACUUUGGGGAGAAAACUGUGAUGUUUUCUACAGAUGAUGCAUUCAUGGACAUGACCCACAGUCACACUAUAAACAUUGCCGGUGAUGCAGAUUUACUUGCAGAUAUUUCCCUCCAAAACUAUAACAUUUUACCGAGUAGCGGAGAGAAAACGGUGAUGUUCACUGCGGAUGAUGGAUCCAUGGAUAUGACCCUAAGUCAUACUUUGAACAUGUUGAGUGGGUCAACAUCACUACCCACUAGCAGAAACAUGGAUUUAAGUGUCGAGAAGGGAAACAUAUCAUCAUCGGUGCCUUGUUUGGAUCCUGGAUUUGAAAACUUCCUUGCAAGUCUCUCUAAACCAGGUGGCCCCAGCGUUAAUCCUGUGAUCACCAGAAUGACGCCUCCUACUGGAGGAUCCUCUGAAGAAACAAAUGGCUCCCUGGCCCAAAUUAAAACACAAAGGGCUGAUGUGGAUAAAGAAAAUCAGGCUCCAACUUCUGUUUCAGCUGUGAUGGAGAAGUCACUAAAUACAUCCAGGAAGAUUGGUGAAUCAUCUUAUGGAAGUGCACUCUAUCCAGAGGGUGAUUUAAGCAUGGGUAUGACUGAAGCUCAGACAGGCCGCAUUCAGGGAUUCACUGAUGAUGAUGAUGAUGAUGAUGAUCCCUUUCAGUGUCUUUUUCCCACACAAGAAAUGUACUCCCACCUCGACAACAGAGUGUCGCAGACUGCACAGAAGACCAAGCAACAGCAGAGCAGUAAACCACUGGCAUCAUUCAACCCUAAAGAUAUGACAUCCUUGAAGAAUCCUACUCUAAAUGCUUCUCAUGAAAGACCAAAGGUCAACCUUGAUGCAAAAGAUGAAGGCAGAGAGAAAACAAUAAUGUUUACUGCAGGUGAUGAGUUCAUGGACAUGACUCAGAGUCACACAGUAAACAUUGCCAGUGGUUCAUUAGCUCCUCCAAACCAAACUUUUGACAUUUUUUUGAGUGGAAAAAUGGAGAAUGCUUCAUCUCUGGAGGAGAGAAAACGUGAGGCUUGUGGUCUGCCAGGCUCUUCAGCAAAUGGUUUGGAUCUAGGGUUUAAAAACUUCCUUGUAAGUCUCUCUAAACCAAGUGCCCCCAGUGAUAAUCCUGCAGCAUCCUCCAGGAGCUUUGGAGAAUCAUAUAAUGGCGGUGCAAUCUGUCCUGAAUAUGAUGUGAGCAUGGAUAUGACUGAAGCUCAGACAGGCCGCAUUAACGGACUCACUGGCUCAGAUGAUCCUUUUCAGCUUCUUUUUCCCACACAAGACAUGUACCCCCUCUGUGAAAAUCUGAAGAGCGCAGAGAUGGAUUCAGGACAGCAGCACAGAGAAGUACUGGGAUCAUCUAACUGUACAGGUAUGGAAACCUCAUUGCAGCCAUCUUUAAAGACAAAGGGGCAACGACAUCAGGUAAAAUUUGAUGCUGAAGAUGACAGCAGAGAGAAAACAGUGAGGUUUUCUGCAGAUGAUGCCUGUAUGGAUGUGACACGAAGUCACACUGUAAACAUUGCCACUGAUUUCGGACUGCAAUCGCUCCAAAAUUUGGACUUUCUACCCACAUGCGGAGAGAAAACAGCGAGGUUCAGUGAAAAUGAUGCAGCUAUAAAUAUUGCUAGUAAGUUAGUGUCAGAUUCAGUUCCUCCAGUGAAGAAACAAGAAGGUGAGACAUGUGGUCUGCCUAGAAACAGAUCUUCAUCAGCACACAGUUUGGAUCCAGGAUUUAAUAACUUGCUUACAAGUCUCUCAAAACAAAGUGACCUCAGUUUUAAUCCAGUGAUCCCAAGAAUGACGCCUACAGCCGCACAAUCGUCUAACAUUGGAGACUCAUCUAAUGGAGGUACAAUCUGUCCAGAAGAUGAUGUGAGCAUGGACAUGACAGAAGCUCAGACAGGCCACAUUUUAGGAAUCACAGGUACAGAUGAUCUUCAGUGUCUUUUUCCCACACAAGACACGUACCCCCAAAGUGGGGAAGCCGAGAUGACUUCACAACAGCAGCACAGUGAAGCGCUGGGAUCAUCUAACCGAAAAGGUAUGGAAACAUCAUUGACUGCUCCUUUAAAGUUGAAAGUGCAAAGACAUCAGGUCAAGUUAGAUGCUGAAGACGACUGCAGAGAGAAAACAGUGAGGUUUACUACGGACGAAGCCUGUAUGGAUGUGACACAAAGUCACACGGUAAACAUUGCCACCAAUUUGGAACCACAGUCACACCAAAAUGUGGGCCUUUUACCUCCAUGGGGAGAGAAAACGGUGAGGUUCACUGCAAAUGAUGCCUGUAUGGAUGUGACACAAAGUCACACGGUAAACAUUGCCACCAAUUUGGAACCACAGUCACACCAAAAUGUGGACUUUUUACCUUCACUUGGAGAGAAAACGGUGAGGUUCACUGUAAAUGAUGCCGCCAUGGAUGUGACACGAAGUCACACGGUAAACAUUGCCACCAAUUUGGAACCACAGUCGCGCCAAAAUGUGGACUUUUUACCUUCAAGUGGAGAGAAAACGGUGAGGUUCACUGCAAAUGAUGCCGCCAUGGAUGUGACACGAAGUCACACUGUAAACAUUGCCACCAAUUUGGAACCACAGUCACACCAAAAUCUGGGCCUUUUACCUCCAUGGGGAGAGAAAACGGUGAGGUUCACUGCAAAUGAUGCCUGUAUGGAUGUGACGCAAAGUCACACAGUAAACAUUGCCACCAAUUUGGAACCACAGUCACACCAAAAUGUAGACCUUUUACCUCCAACUGGGGAGAAAACGGUGAGGUUCACUGCAAAUGAUGCCGCCAUGGAUGUGACACGAAGUCACACGGUAAACAUUGCCAGCAAUUCAGUAUCAGACUCAUUUCUUCCACACCAAGAUUCUAACGUUUUAUCUACCCUAUCUGUAAAGAAGAGAGAAAAUGAGACAUGUCGUCCGCGUAGAAACCGAUCUUCAUCAGCACGCACUUUGGAUCCAGGACUGUAUAAGACGAGUGGCCCCUGGGCUAAUCCUGUGAUCACCAAAGCAGUGGCUCCUGCUUCACCGUCCCCUCAAGAAAUUGUCAACACAAAUGGUUUCUUGGACCAACUUAAAACACAGAAGCCUGAUGUGGAUAUUGAAAAUGAAGCUCCAGGUUUUGUUUCAGCUGGUAUGGAGAAACCAGUAAAUAAAACCAUGACCGACUGUCCAGAGGACGAUGUAAGCAUGGAUAUGACUGGAGCUCAAACAGCCCAUAUUUUGGGACAAACAUAUACAGAUGAGCCACCUCAAUGCCUUUCUUCCACGCAGGACUUGUACCCCAAUUCUGACGAUUUGAAGAAAACAGAAGUUACUUCACAACAGAGCAAUGAAGCACUAGGAUCAUCCAGCCCUAAUGGUGUGCAAAUGACAAACUGUCCAUAUUCUCUAGACUCAAAUGAAACUGACACCAGGAAGGAACCAAGAAAUCAAAAUUGUUCACAGAGUGCUGUGGACCAUGAUGUUGAUGCAGUGCCUUCACGAAAGUCUAGACGAAUAAGUUUAGCCGAUCUUCAUUCAAAAGUAAGGCGUUUAAGCCACAUGAUAAAUACAGCUCCUGUUACUACUGCCAUGGACAGCUGCACAGCACCUAUGCCACAGCUGGAACACGACAUGGGAAAAAACUCAAAAGACAAAACCGAAUCUCUACCUGUAAUGGAGCCUGAUCUCAAAAGGGGUUUGGUAAACACUGAAGAAAAUACACAAGCUCAAUGUCUUAUGCAAGGAGAACAACCCUCUUCUACUACUACUACUCCUUUCAACUUGAAGACUAAACAACUAAUGUCAAGACUCUCAGUGGGAGGCUUUAAGCCGAAACUCCCCCAAAGAAACAAACCAGAUGAUCCAAAGAAGGUGAAUUCUGUGGGAGAACAUACAAGGUCGAUCACUGUCAAUGUUACUAAUCAACUGAGCAACUUUGACAAUGAUGUGAGCGAUAUUUACGAUGAAGAGCUUGGUAGCUGUGAAGAUAUGUCAGAAAUGCUGGACACAAGGAGUCCUCAGAAAGCCACAGAGAAAGUGAGUCCUUCCCAGGAGUUCAACAUGGAUGAGCCUUUAGAGGAUCAUGUAUUUGAACAGGACUCUAUUAGUGCUGUCUAUGGAAAUAAGAGACCUUUGCCAGUAGAUGACAAUGAUAUGGAGGAUGAGAAGAGAAUGAAAGCAUCCACUGAGACGGCCACUGACUUUGAAAUGGGAUUACAGUCUCAUGUUGCAGAGUGUGAUGGUAACAUUACUACAGCUCCAACCAUGACAGCACAGACCACAGAUUACUGCAACAGCAGUCACACAGCCAGCAUCAGAUGUGAAGCUACAUUUGAAUCAACUUUCAAACAAAGCCUGUUUGAAUCCCAGCUUGAAGACUACGCCAAUGAUGUACAGAGGAAACUUGAUGAUGGCACCAUUACAGUGUUAGAGUUCUUUAAACUCUUCAACAUAGACUUUGUCAUCCAUAAUCCUCGGCAAAGUGUCCUUCCUGGCAGACUUUUGUCAGACACAGAUCAUACACCAAUGGAUUUAUUGAAAGACAGGCAUAUCAACCGUCCUAAACAGAUGGUGUAUGAGACAAACGUCCUGAACCUCACAGAAAAUGUGGAGGGGUUGAAGGAGCGAAUGCAGGGUCUGGACAAACCACUGAAGAUUGUGAAUAGACCUUUGUGGGAAGAAAUGAGAAAUUCUUCAGAGAAAGAGCUCAAAUCGUUUGGUGCAAAACUAAAAGAGAGAAAUAACUUGUUCAGAAAGAUGAGCAAAGUUCAGUCACAUGAAAUGAAGGAGGUCUUGUACUCAAACCUUGUGCAGGCUAAUCUGGACGAGCAACAGAGUUUGAGAGGAACGAUCAAGAAAGCAGAUGAGAUGAUAAAAAGUUUGGAUGACUGUAUUCGUAAAUUAGAAACAGAACUUACUGCAGUCGAAGAAAAAGGCUUCGAAGAUACACCGAGUCUGAAAUCACGUCAGAAAGAAAUGCAGAAAGUCACAGAGGCCUUGGCGGAUAAUGACCGACAAAUAUCUGAACUGGAGAUGCAGAAUAAGCAGAAUUCAGAUAAACUGAAGAGGCUGAAAGCUGAGACGAGGAACCUUGAGAACCAUGUCACCGUGCUGCAUUGGGUGAAUGAAUGGAAGUUUGGAGAGAAGAGAGACAACUGUGCGGUCUACACUUUUCUCCAUGAGACCUUCCAUCUACAGUUGGUGUAUGACAAAUCCAAUGGAAAUGAUGCUGAUAAUCGGUCUGAGAGGAAAAUAUCACACAUCGCAUUCAAACUUCAACUUGAUGAUGAGAAGUCGCAGUGCCAUGCCUGCCUUGUUCACAAACUGCUCUCUCAGUACAUUAAUGGAGAAACUUCCUGGGUGGAGAAGUAUCCAACGAGCAGACAUGUUCCAAAGCUGCUCCAUGACGUGGGCCUGGUGGUGAGUCGCUGUCGUCUGCUGGGAGAGGAGUUGCGUCUGCUGAAAAUGUGGGGGGGUCUAAGGCUCGAUAUUCUCAACAUCAGCUGCGUGGACACUCAAGUGCACAUUGUUUUCAGCAGUCUCAAGAAAUUUUCCAAGUUUGAGGUGAUCUUCUCUGUCCGUUUGACCAACCACCUCUGUGUCCUUCAAGUGCAGAGCUUCAAAAACAUGAUCGGAAACACAACGAUCCAACAGAUUGAGGAGAUUGUGGCAUCGUUCAGUCCAGCCAAGAACUUCUUGACCAAGAUUGUCAAAAAGAUUCAUGAAAAUCUUCUCUGUUGAGACCAGGAAUACAUCCAAUAUGAAAUUUUGAUUCCAAUUGUUUAUAAUCAACCUCUUUUGUACUAUAUAGAUCUUGGGGGAGAAAAUCUAUCAACUGUCUUUUUUUUGAAAAAUUAAAAAAAAAAAAGUGUACAGGUUCCCAGUCUGUUUGUUGUUCCACAGUGUGCAUGAAGUGGUGUUUUUUUUUGUAUUUUGUCCUCAUAAUACAACUGCACCUGUUAACAGUCAUUGCAUUUUGUUAGAAAUACUUGGACAACAUAGUACAUAGAAAGGUACAAUAUAAAUGUUCAAAUUGCUAGAAUACAGGAAAUCUGAUCUACAGGAUCAGUCUGUCUUUUCAACCAAACUUCUCAAACAAAUACAUUUUGGCAAAAUAUUUUAUAACAGUUUGUUCUUGGGUAAGGUUGAGUGGAAUACUUUUGUCACAGCUACAUUGCCAAUUUUAGGAUAUUCAAGGCAUGCUCAGUUGUGUUAGCUAUGUCAUCUAGCUAGGAGAUUUGGUUUAAUUUAUAUUUGCUUAGUGAUCAUGUGAACCAUUUAAAAGAUUAAAUACAGUUGUCUUUCAUUGAUCUGGAGUGCAGUGGUUUCUGUGCAGUUUCCAGAGUCGCCUCUAGAUGGUGAACAUGAACCGACCUUAUAGUACUUUGUUUUACCUACAGCGGGACAAUGUUUGGUUUCUGUAAAGGGGCCCUGAUAUGUUUAUCAGAUGGAGCCUGUAUUUGAGACAGGCCUCAACAAAAGGCUGUAUAUCUGUCACUUUUUGUUGUAGCUUUGUGCAGUACUGAACAAAUGUAAAUAUAUUUUCUUUAUAAUGCUAUUAAAACAGUUCCCCUGAUUGUUUGUCAUUUUUUGGUGGAUAAAAAGCUUUGUAUAUUUGUCAUUAGAGAACAAAAAAUGUAAAAUAAAUGGUCUGGCCGUUGAAAAGAUAAUUGUACUCAAAAGUUUCCAUUAAAAACAUUUUCUUCAUGA